AUGGGUAAUGCAAAGUGGAGUGAUCUUGAAACAUCAGAACUUAUAUCAACAAUCGAUAAAAUUAAAAAGGAUAACCCUGAUAAAUUAUUAACACAGCCUCAAAUAGCAGCAGAGAUCAAAAAGUAUGAACUCUUUGCUAGAUUUACAGAGCCUCAAGUGUUGAAUAAAAUAAGCAAUACAUAUAGAUUAGGAGUACCUGACCCAGAUACAGUCUCACGUUUACAAAAGAAACAAAAGUACAGUGGUGUGUAUGCAGAUUCUCAAAUGCCUCCCAUGUCUCCCAAUUCAGCAACAAGCAUUCAACAGACAGACGAUCUAGAUCCAAUCAUUUCUCGUCAUUCAAAUUAUCAACAUUUUGCUACAAUUAAUCGUAACUCUAAUAUUAGUAAAUCAUUACAACAAACAGAUAUAUCUACUCCAUCAUCUGCUACUCACACUCCAACCCCUGUUUCUACUACUACUGCGACUGCUAGUACUCCUACUCGUAAUAAUGUUACGACUACACCUAUAAAACCAUCACCCUUUGUGAAUCCAUAUGAAUCAAUUAAAUCACCAACACCAUCAGAGGUUCCAAUUAUGACCAAUACACCAACAUUUUCAACACAAACACCAGCACCAGUACCAACUACAUCACCAACUGUAUCAUCUAAUCAUAUUGCAAUGCCAGAUAAAGAUGAUACUAUAGACUCUUUGAACCCCAAUAAUAAUAAUAGCAUGUUUAUUUCAUUUUAUGGUCAAGGUAAUGAAACUCUGACCAUAUAUCUUCCACUUUGUAUGGGUGAGACAUUCAAACACACCAUCACAUCGAGUGGUGAUAUCAUUGUACAGGUGUUUAGAUCUGACUUUUGUUGCGAUUUUACCAAAACCAAAAGAUUGCCCCAUCCAAUGGCUGGAACAUAUCGAGCCUACUUUAAAAGACCAUUGGAUGAUGGAAUUCCAGUUUUGGCAACAAACAAAGCGUACAGAGAAAUGUAUCUUCAAGAAAUGUGUGGAUUUACUUUUAAAAGAGAGAUUAAAGAAAUAUCUGAAGAAGUAGAACUAUAA